UGCUGCUGGGAAACAGCAACCAGGAAGUAGUGUUGCUGUUAUUCGAUUGUUGAACAUGUUUUUCAGUUCAAUAAAUCUGCAGUUAUAAAAUAGUUGAAUUUUUCAAAAUGCACACUUGUGUUUGUCGUAGUUUAGCUCCAACAUAAAGUUGUCGGUAUCGUGAUACUAGGUUUUAUUUAUUUAAAAACGAAAGAAAGUAUCAAAUCCCGGAAGUGAAGCUGAGUCUAAUGCAGCUCGAACGUCUGAAGAAUCAGCACUGAAUGUGUUAUUUAUUUAACAUAUACGAUACAUGUUUUAUAUUUAAUUAUUAUUAUUAUUUUUUUUUUAAUACCGUAACGAAUGUUAUUGCCAGUGUGUGAAUACAAGCAGGUAGUUUUCUUUCUUCUGGAUUAUUGUAAAGUUAAUGGCUAUGUUUGGAUUAUUUGGUCUUUUGUGGUUAUCACAAAAAAUAAGAGAACUGAAAGAAAGCGCUCCAAUGUAUGGAGGCUGGAGUUUUUUACCCAAAGUGUAAAGCGCACAGACAGCAUAUUUUAAUCAGAUGUCUGUGAGUUCAAUGGACAUAAUGAGUGGAAAACUUGGGCUUACUGACCUGAAGUACAACAACUCAAGGAAAUACAUUUCCAUCAGCAUCCCCUCCAAGACAGAAGACAUGUCUCCACAUAUCAAGUCUGUGGAUGAACUGCGAGUCCUGGGAAUUAACCUAAGCAGUUUCAGUCAACCAGCCCAGUUUUUUAUUUGUGUUGUUGGUGUUUUUGUGUUUUAUUUAAUCUAUGGUUAUCUGCAGGAACUGAUUUUUUCAAUGGAAGGUUUUAAGCCUUUUGGAUGGUACCUCACAUUAGUACAAUUUGGUUUUUACUCAGUGUUUGGAUUGGUGGAGCUUCAACUCACACAGGACAAGAGGAGAAGAAUACCAGGAAAGACAUAUAUGAUGAUAGCCUUUUUAACCGUGGCUACAAUGGGUUUGUCAAAUACAUCUUUGGGCUAUCUGAAUUACCCAACGCAAGUCAUCUUCAAGUGCUGUAAACUCAUUCCUGUCAUGAUAGGGGGAGUUUUUAUACAAGGAAAGCGCUAUAACCUUGCAGACGUGUCUGCAGCAGUAUGUAUGAGUUUGGGCCUAAUUUGGUUCACUUUGGCUGACAGUAAAAUAGCCCCAAACUUCAAUCUGACAGGAUUGGUGCUCAUAACCCUUGCCCUCUGUGCAGAUGCUGUAAUAGGAAAUGUGCAAGAAAAAGCAAUGAAGCUACACAGUGGUUCUAAUUCUGAAAUGGUUCUAUAUUCUUAUUCAAUAGGUUUUCUAUAUAUAUUAGUGGGCUUGACCUGCAUUGGUGGACUCGGUCCUGCGGUGGCAUUUUGCUCUCAGCAUCCAGUGAAGACAUACGGUUAUGCAUUUUCCUUUUCGCUCACUGGAUAUUUUGGAAUUUCAUUUGUACUUGCAUUGAUCAAGCUCUUUGGUGCUCUCGUUGCUGUUACAGUGACAACAGGGAGAAAGGCAAUGACGAUCGUGCUUUCAUUUAUGUUCUUUGCAAAGCCUUUCACUUUUCAGUAUGUGUGGGGUGGGCUUCUGGUUGUCUUUGGAAUCUUUUUGAAUGUUUACAGCAAAAACAUGGACAAAAUGAAGCUGCCCUCACUGGCAGAUAUCAGGCAUAGAAUCCUAUCAGGAAAAAAUACAAGGUCAUUGUCACAAACCGUUUAAACAGUGAUUUAUGAUUGUCUACUGUCUGACUUUCCACAUUCCCCAGCAAUGUGGGGUUUCCGUGUCCAAAGGAAAUAUUUCUGAAAACAAAAAGG